GAUAUCAGAGCAAGUGGUAAGCUAGCUCCUUUUCUUACCUGUUGAUGGCUGCCUUUGGUGGUGGUGCAAAUCAAUAUUAAAUAUUCCAUCUUCAUUUUAGUCAUAUUUCUUUUGCUUUCUCAUUUUCUUCUUUCAUCCUUUCCUUCUUUUCUGAUAAUUUGUUGAGCAACAAUGGGUGCAUGGCUAAUGAACUUGUGGUGCAUCCUACGAAGCUACCCAGAAAUCCUGUUAUUAGCCUUUGCAUGUUUCUUCUUCAUUUAUAGCAAGAAUAGUGUUAUUCCUGUGAACUGGCCCCUUGUUGGAAUGCUUCCUUCCAUCAUCCUCAACUCCCAUAGAUUGCACGAGUGGGUCACUCAAGGUCUCAGGGAAUGCGGGUCCACAUUCAUCUUCCAUGGGCCAUGGCUCGCCCGCAGGAAGUUCUUAAUGACAUGUGAUCCAGCUAAUGUGAAACACAUUAUGGUCACCCGCUACCCAGAAAUCCUAUUAGUAGCCUUUGCAUGUUUCUUCUUCAUUUAUAGCAAGAAUAGUGUUAUUCCUGUGAACUGGCCCCUUGUUGGAAUGCUUCCUUCGUUCAUUUUCAACGCCCAUAGAUUGCACGAGUGGGUCACUCAAGGUCUCCGGGAAUGCGGGUCCACAUUCCUCUUCCAUGGGCCAUGGUUCGCCCACAUGGAGAUCUUAAUGACAUGUGAUCCAGCUAAUGUGAAACACAUUAUGGUCACCCGCUCCUCCAACUUCCCAAGGGGGGAUGAUUUCUUGAAAAUCUUCGAUGUUUUCGGAGAUGGGAUCAUCAAUUCCGAGUUGGAUGUGUGGCGAUUUCAAAGGAAGAUGCAUCACACUCUCUUUAGUAGUGUGGAAUUCCGCCGAUUCGUGGCGAAGAUGAGCCGCGAAAAGGUAGAGAAUGGACUAAUGCCUGUUCUUGAACACAAAGCCCAACAGGGCAAAGCCGUCGAUCUUCAAGAUGUGUUACAAAGGUUCAUGUUAGACAGCACAUGCAUCUUGGUUUUCGGUGCCGAUCCUGGCUCUCUUUCCUUGAGCUAUCCAAUAGUGCCCUUCUCAAAUGCUAAGGAUGAUUUGAUGGAGGUACUGUUGUUCCGGCAUGCCGUGCCAGUGAGCUGGUGGAUGUUGCUAAGGCGGCUGAUGAUUGGGGAAGAGAAGAAAUUGGCCGAAGCUUUGAAAACAAUCGACUGUUUCAUCAACGAACAUAUUUCAAAGCGAAUGGAAGAAGUGCGUGAAUCCAAAAUGCAAACUAAAGAGAAAGACAUGCACGAAUCAUGUGAUUUAUUAGCAUUUUACAUCAAUUAUCGAUUCGAAGAUGAAAUAGGAAUCUCGAAAUCCUUUAAGUUCCUCAGAGACAAUGCGUUGAAUCUCCUUGUCGCUGGGAAAGAAACCAUGACUCCCUGUCUCACAUAGUUUUUCUGGCUAAUUUCAAAGAACCCAAGAGUCGAAAGCAAGAUCUUAGAUGAACUGAGGGAAAAUUCCAUCACUACACAAGGAGGGGAUGCAAGAAAACCUGCAGUGUUCGACACUGAAGAGCUCAACAGGCUGGUAUAUCUACAUGCUUCCUUGUGUGAAUCUCUACGGCUGUUUCCACCCAUUCCAUUCGAACAAGCAGGCGUUCUCCAGCAAGAAGUUCUUCCCAGUGGCGAGAUGGUUCGACCGAGUACAAAGAUUCUGUUUUGCUUGUAUUCUAUGGGAAGGAUGGAAGGAAUAUGGGGUGAAGAUUGCUUAGAAUUCAAGCCCGAGAGGUGGAUUUCCGAGCGAGGGACAUUCAAAUAUGAGCCAUCCUACAAGUUCAUGGCAUUCAAUGCAGGGCCACGGGCUUGUUUGGGUAAGGAAAUUGCAUUCACACAAAUGAAGACUGUUGCUGCUGCCGUGCUCUAUAACUUCCAUGUCGAAGUGGUGGAUGGCCACCCUGUAGAGCCUAAGAUCUCCCUCAUUCUUCACAUGAAGAAUGGAUUGAUGGUCAGGAUUAGACAAAGGUCUGCCUGAUGGUGUGGACAUGUGUUACAAAAUAUCAAUGGUGUAGAUGUGAUGGGGCCUCGUGAAGUUUUUUUUUUCUUCUUUUUUCUCUUUUUACGUGUAAGCUAGUCUUAGCUAGGCCAGCCUUAUAUUGUUUGCUUAGCAUUGUAGUAGUGAUAUGAGAAAAAGAACUAGUAUGUUGCUGAUU